GACAGUGACUACGGCCAGCCGAGCCACCCGCAGUUAUGUCAGGUUUUAAAACAGUAUUCCCUGAAGGCAAGAAAGACAAGAUGAUCCUGGAAAUGCUCAACCCAAUGCAUUACAAUCUCACCAGCAUGGUACCUGAGGCAAUGCCAGCUGCUACUAUGCCAAUCCUCCUCCUCACCUGCUUUCUCCUCAUGAUUUGGAGUUAUGAAGACACUUCCUCAAUACCAGGUCCUGGCUACUGUAUGGGAAUUGGGCCCCUCCUUUCACAUGGCAGAUUCCUAUGGAUGGGAAUAGGCAGUGCCUGUAACUAUUACAACAAGAUGUAUGGUGAAUUUAUGAGAGUAUGGAUCGCUGGAGAGGAGACACUCAUUAUAAGCAAGUCUUCAAGUAUGUUCCAUAUAAUGAAACAUAGUCACUAUAUUUCUAGAUUUGGAAGCAAACUUGGGUUACAGUGCAUUGGAAUGCAUGAAAAUGGUGUCAUAUUUAAUAACAACCCAGAUCUCUGGAAAGUUAUUCGACCUUUCUUUACAAAAGCUUUGUCUGGGCCAGGCCUUGUGCGCAUGGUGGCUGUUUGUGUUAACUCAACUAUAAUUCAUCUGGACAAACUGGAGGAUGUCACCAAUGAAUUGGGUUAUGUCAAUGUGCUGAACCUCAUGAGACGCAUUAUGUUGGAUACCUCCAAUGUCCUCUUCUUGGGGAUCCCUCUGGAUGAAAAUGCCAUUGUGAUCAAAAUACAGAGCUAUUUUGAUGCUUGGCAAGCUCUCCUUCUGAAACCAGACAUCUUCUUUAAAAUAUCUUGGCUAUACAAGAAGUAUGAAAAGUCUGUCAAGGAUUUGAAGGAUGCCCUAGAAAUUUUAAUAGAGGAAAAAAGACACAGACUUUCCACAGAUGAUAAACUGGAAGAUUGUAUGGAUUUUGCUUCACAAUUGAUUUUUGCCCAGGGGCGUGGAGACUUGACAGGUGAGAAUGUGAACCAAUGCAUUCUGGAAAUGUUGAUCGCUGCCCCUGACACUCUGUCUGUCACUGUGUACUUCAUGCUACUGUUGAUUGCAAAGCAUCCAAAGGUUGAAGAAGCAGUAAUGAAUGAAAUCCAGACAGUUAUUGGUGAGAGAGACAUUAAGUUUGGUGAUGUGCAAAAAUUAAAAGUGGUUGAAAGUUUCAUUUAUGAGAGCCUGAGAUACCAACCUGUUGUGGACUUGGUCAUGCGCAAGGCUUUGCAAGAUGAUGUGAUUGAUGGUUAUCCAGUGAAAAGGGGAACUAACAUUAUCUUGAAUAUUGGAAGGAUGCAUAGACUUGAGUUUUUCCCCAAACCGAAUGAAUUUACUCUUGAAAACUUUGCAAAGAAUGUUCCUCAUCGUUAUUUUCAACCAUUUGGUUUUGGCCCCCGUGGUUGUGCAGGAAAAUAUAUUGCCAUGGUAAUGAUGAAAGUCAUCCUUGUUACAGUUCUGAGGAGGUUCCACGUGCAGACAUUGACAGGAUGUUGUCUUGAACGCAUUCAGAAAAAAAAUGACUUGUCUUUGCAUCCAGAUGAGACUAGGGACUUUCUGGAAAUGAUUUUUAUUCCAAGAAAUUCAGAAAAAUGCCAAGAAUAAUAAAGAUGAUUAUUCAGCAUCUUCUUGAAAACAUUCCUCAUCUGUAGUUCAUCUGACAAACAUCCACCCUUCCCAGGUAGUAUCAUUCUUAUGAUGAAUAUUUAGCUGCCUAUAAUGUUUUGCAGGCCCAGGACUUACAGAUUGUUAGCAAACUGGAAUUCUGUCAUCUUC